AUGGAAACCAUUCUCUCCUCCACAACUCUCCAACUCAGACCUCUCCACCUUCCUUCUCUCUCCUCCACUGCUUCCCCAUUUUUAACCUCUCCACUAAGAAUAUGCAGACCCACAAAGAGAACCACUUCUGUUCAAAUCAACCCAUCUUCCUCAAUAUUGCCUCUCAAAGUAUCUGCUACUUCACAAGCUGCCUCUGCUUCCACUGAGACCUCCACAAGCUCUUCCAUACCCUCCAAAAUGAAGGCUUGGGUCUACGACGAAUACGGAGGAGUCGAUGUUUUGAAGUUUGAUUCCAGUGUUUCUGUGCCUGAAAUCAAAGAUGACCAGGUCUUGAUCAAGGUUGCAGCAGCAGCUCUUAACCCUGUUGAUUUCAAGAGGAGACUAGGAAAAUUCAAGGCCACUGAUUCUCCUCUUCCGGCCCAGGCCCAAUCUGAGAAACACCAGAUAAAAGCGUGGGGGCCGAGCAAAAAGAGAUAA